AAAACUUAUAUAGUAGUAACAAAUUAUAGUACUGCUUUUGCUGAUGAACUGGUCUGUGUUGCAUUACUCUUGCUUUCAUCUUCAACUCUCUCUUCUUGUGGGGUUUGUUCGACAAUCAUUUUUCUGAGCUCCAUUUGCUACUUCUUGCUGGGUAUAACUAAAUAUCUAUCAAUCCCAGAAAAUUCAAAAAGCAUGGCUCAAACAUUAGAAGCCAUCAAGAUCGGCGGAGGUUCUGUUAAAGUGGGAACUACUGGUAAAGUUAGCGCCUUGAUGUCAAGAGAAUUAGAUUCCAAGAAACCUGAUUCUCAGACGCCAACGUCAUCCAAGAAUAAGUCUCCUAGUGUUUGUGGUUUCAUUCCUGGUAGCGCGACCAGUCCAAAGAGAAUGAAGCCAAGAACAUCAGGCGACGAAGCAAGCAGCAGCGGGACAUCAAAGCAUAAUAGUAGUAAAAGCCCUGAAUUUGUCAGGAAGACGAAACACUACAGUAGAAAAACACAUCAAGUUCCAAUACUAGUAUCCGAAAAUACUUCAGUUGAUGGAACUCCUAUUAGCCAGAAAACCGACAGAAAGGGACCUUACAUGGUAGAAAUUGUGGACAUAAAAUGCAGAAGUAUGGACAGAACUUGGACAAAUCCUAUAAAAAAUAGCCUGAAGAAGCUUGGUUUCACAAAACUAUCUGAAAACGCGGUCUAAGUACGCGAACUUCAAAUAUCAGC